CGUUGAUUGGUUGAUUGCAAUGGAAAUCGGCCAAUCAUAUUAUCGUAUUGUGUUGUUGACGAAUUCCCAUUUUCAAUUUCGAUGGCGGUCCUCCGCGUGGUGUCGCUGUUGCCGUCGGCGACGGAGCUGCUACACUUCCUUCUCGUGAAACUCAAUGCCAGGCAUGACGAACCCGUCGCAGUCCUCGUGGGUCGGUCCCACGAGUGCGAUUGGCCGGAGGAGUAUGCCGCACUUCCAGUACUCACGUCGUCGCGCAUCAACGGCGCGCUGUCGUGCGCUGAGAUCGAUCGCCAGGUUCGGGAUGAACUCGCCGCCGGCGUCUCUCUCUACACGGUGGACACAGAAAUGUUGCUAUCACUGCGUCCAGAUCUCGUGGUCACACAAUCGCUGUGCCAAGUGUGCACGGUCGACUAUGCGAUGGUGGUCGCCUUACUCACGGACGCCGACCCGUGUCCGCGCAUCCUCGACACGAACCCAAGCUCGUUCUACGAUGUAUUCCAGGACAUCCAUCGUCUCGCAGAUGCCCUCGGAGCGCCGGAUGUCGGCCACGAACUUGUUACGGAGCUGCAGGCGCGCGUGGAUGUCAUCCUUGCCCACGUCGUCGUUCGUUCAUCACCUCCCCGACUCAAGAUUGGAUUCUGCGAAUGGACCGAUCCCAUCUUUUGCGGCGGUCACUGGACGCCCCAGAUGAUCGAGAUGGCUGGAGCCGCGCAUCCCUUGAACAACACCCGCGGCCCCGGCAAAGGCGGGUGGCCAUCUCGGACGAUCUCGCCGGCCGAGUUUGUGGCGAUGGAUCCGGACGUGAUCAUCGUGGCUCCAUGUGGCAUGGACUUGAACACGAGCAAGAAGGAGACGGUGGCGAUGCUCAUGCAGCCAUGGUGGACACCCCUGCGAGGGAAACCGCUGUAUGUCGUGAACGGGAACCACAUGUUCAACCGCCCGGGGCCGCGCUUGGUGGACGCCCUCGAGUGGCUCGUGAGCAUUGUCCAUCCCGCGUCGACGCUAUCGUUCCCAGACUUUCCCGCCGAACGCUACCCCAACCAUGAUGCGGUCAAGACGGACGAGAUCGACGUCAAGUGUAGUGUGAUUAUGCCUUAGCACUACUCUUCUUCGCUUUCUUUGGGACGCGCUCUUCCGUCGAUGCGGGGGCGUCGGCGGUGGGCUUGGUUCGCUUCGCAGAUGUCUUGUGCGUCUUGUUCUCGUUGUUGGACGAGCUGUUGUCCUUGGCUUUGUUCGCAAGGGCCUUCUUGGCAUCCAGAGCCGUUUGAUGCUUGAGCCGGCGCUUGGCGGACUUUCGCUGGUUGCGCGCCUUCAAGCGCGCGAUUUCUUCGGGGGUAAUGCAUGCCCGCUUGUGUUUCUACGUCGCAAGGCAUGAGCAUGACGCGAGUACUAGUACUAGGAGAACCUUGGAUUGGACGUGGUUCAAAAUGUCUUGUUCGUUGAACAACUUGACUUGGGGACACACCUUGCACCGGAACGCAUUCCGUCCUUCCAACGUGGUCGGGACAAAGUCGUCCAAGAACGCCGCGCGCUCCUCUUCCUCGUCGACCUCUGCUUCUGCAUCAUCGCUGUCAUCGUCGGCAUCGACUUCCUUCCGCGGUCGGUCGCCAUCGUCGUCGGAGUCCGACGCGGCGCGUCGUCGUCGCUGAUGUACGGCGUCCUCAUCACUGUCCUCCCCUUCGUCUCCAGACACACCAGACGAGUCGUCAUCUCCAUCGUCGCUGACCACCAGAUCUGUGUUCAUGAUGUCCAUGUGCUUCUGCGCCGCUCGGAAUAGCGCCAUCCUUGUGGUUUGAUCGUG